GACCGAGGGAAGCCGUGCCUCGUCCUCGACCUGGACGAGACCCUCGUGCACUCGUCGUUCAAGCCGGUGACGGGGGCGGACUACAUCGUCCCCGUGGAGAUCGACGGCUCGAACACGGACGUGUACGUGUUGAAGCGGCCGUGGGUAGAUUACUUCAUGGAAGAGAUGGGAAAGUAUUACGAGAUCGUCGUGUUCACGGCGUCUCUGAGUAAAUACGCGGACCCGCUGCUGGACUUGCUCGACGUCGGGAACGUGAUCCGGUGGAGACUGUUCCGCGAGCACUGCUACCCGUACCAAGGGAACUACGUGAAAGACCUCACGUCGUUGGGAAGGCCGAUGCACAAGACGAUCAUCAUAGACAACUCGCCGCACUCGUACGCGACUUUCGCCCCGCAAAACGCGUUGCCGGUGAGCUCGUUCAUCGACGACCCGCGAGACGACGAUCUGCUGGACCUGAUUCCCAUCCUGAUCGACCUCGCGAAGGUCGCGAAUGUGGAGAACACGCUC